AUGGAACUCGCGGUAGUUGAAUUCAAUCAAAUUCUCGUGCAAGAACCGAAGAAAGUGGGAUGUGAUGAUCUACAUAUGUCUGAGGCCGUGGAUGUUCAGCCUCUGAGCAUUUGUUUGCCGGAUGGUAAUGAUGAGAAUGUGGGGAUUGGCUCUUUUGAAGAGCCAAACAUUGUGAAGACGAAAGAGCUUACUGUAAGAUCAGGGACAACGAGUAAGCUGGGGUCUGGCGGUAGCAGAAGACAGGCGAAGAAAGGGGUUGCCUUUCAUGAACCCUUGAAGGUUAACAAGAAGAUCAUUCGAGAGAAUGGUGAAGGAUCAAGGUUGAAGAACGGUGUGAAGAGGAGCUUAGAUACACGUGAGAGGGUAACUCCGGAUUCUCCUGACGAGGAACCAGCUCGAAAGACUCGAAGAUUACAAGUCAUGAUCCCUCCUUCGCGUCCCAGUGGCUCAGGCGGCGGUGAUAGUGCUCGGAGCAAAGUCAAGGAAACUCUACGUCUUUUCUAUGGAACUUGUCGAAAACUCUUGCAGGAGGAAGAAGCAAAGCCUAUGAAGACUAAGCGCUUCAGAGUCGAUUUCGAGGCUAUUAAUAUUCUCAAAAGCAAAGGGAGAUAUCCCAGCGCCGGAGCUAAUCAGAUUAUGGGAACUGUUCCUGGUGUUGAGGUUGGAGACGAGUUUCAGUAUAGGAUGGAGCUGAACAUGCUCGGCAUACACAGACCGAGCCAAGGCGGUAUCGACUAUAUGAAGAUCGGCAGCGACAUCUUCGCCACGAGCAUUGUAGCCUCCGGAGGGUACAACGACGUGCUUGAUAACUCCGAUGUCUUGACCUACACAGGUCAAGGCGGAAACGCGAUGAUGAAACCAAAGAGAGGAGAGCAAGUAAAAGGUCCCGAAGACCAAAAGCUUGUUACGGGAAACUUGGCUUUAGCAAACAGUAUAAACAAGAAGAACCCUGUGCGUGUCAUAAGAGGCAACAAGAAGGCGGUUUUGGAGUCAUCGUCAGGUGCAAGCAAAGGUGGGAACUAUGUCUACGACGGGUUAUACGUUGUGGAAGAGUAUUGGCAAGAAACCGGAUCACACGGGAAGCUCGUCUUCAAGUAUAAACUCAAGCGUAUACCUGGACAGCCCGAGCUAUCGUGGAAAGUGGUGAAGCAAACGAAGAAGUCGGAGAACCGUGAAGGUUUAUGCAGGCUUGACAUCUCAGAAGGGCACGAGAGGUUACCGAUUUGCGCGGUGAACGAAAUCGACGACGAGGAGCCUCCUCCGUUCAUCUACACGGCUAAGAUGAUUUACCCGAAGUGGCUCACGCGGAUCCCUCCAAAGGGAUGCGGCUGCACGAAGCGAUGCACGGAGAGUAGAAACUGCGCCUGCGUGGCGAAAAACGGAGGAGAGAUACCUUACAACUACGAUGGGAACAUAGUCUAUCCAAAGAGCUUGAUCUACGAGUGUGGCCCUCUCUGCAAAUGCCCUCCUGCUUGCUACCUAAGAGUCACGCAGCGAGGGAUCAGGUUCAAGCUCGAGAUCUUCAAAACCGAGUCGAGAGGUUGGGGAGUGAGAUCUCUCAGCUCGAUACCUUCGGGUAGCUUCAUAUGCGAGUACGUCGGCGAGCUUUUGGAGGAUAAAGAAGCUGAGAGAAGGACAGGGAACGACGAGUAUCUCUUUGACAUUGGGAACAAAUACGACAACACUUUCGCUGAAGGGAUGUCGAAGCUAAUGCCAGGGAUGGAGAAAGAGAAAGAAGAAGAUGGUGGCGAUGGUGGUGAGACGACGGGGUUCACCGUCGACGCCGCGAAGAAAGGGAACAUCGGGAGGUUUAUAAACCACAGCUGCUCGCCGAAUCUGUAUGCGCAGAACGUGUUGUAUGAUCACGAAGACAAGAGGAUCCCUCACGUGAUGCUCUUUGCGAUGGACAAUAUACCUCCGCUUCAAGAACUCACUUACCAUUAUAAUUACAUGAUCGACCAGGUACGCGAUGUUAACGGUAAUAUAAAGAAGAAGAUUUGCUACUGUGGUUCUUCUGAGUGUACCGGUAGGCUCUAUUAA